CGAUUAACUGAGAGGUGUUCAAAGGUGUGGGACACUUUCGUCCAGCACUGCGGCGCAGGUGAGUAGAAGUUUUUUAACUUCGCCUUUUAGAUACACAGUACGAAAUUUAAGUCGUUGCUAUAUACUCAGACACGAUUUAUUUGCACAUGAUGUCUGCUUUGAUGCAUUAUUUACUAAAUAACUUGUUUUCUACUUUAUCAAUAAUUAAAAUGAAGUCGAUCCGACUUCACAGCUCCUGUGUUUGGUUACUUCAGGGAGCUACGCUGUUAUAGUUGUCUGUCGGGAGGCGAUAUCAUCUAUUUUCUAGAUAUUUGUCUGACUUUUGGUACAAUGUCAGACGCUAAGCUGUAUUUCACAAUCGUGCGGUUUGUUUAUCUUUGUGUUCCACUGAAAGGUAGAGCUGUCACUGUAUUUUUGAGCAACAUAUGUUCCUGACAUACAUGGUCUCAUGGUGCUUUCUAUCACAGACAUAUAAUUGGACGACUAUAAUUUAGACUGACAGUUUUGUCACCUACAUCUAGUUUAACUAAACCUCUUUUUGUGGUGUGACUGUAGGCUUAGUGGGAGUGAGGUGUGUGACUUAAAAAAUCCUUAACACACACUGUUUACACAGAGCUAAGUCUCUUAUCUAGGAUCCCAGCAUAUCUCUCGUGUCAUAAGGAAGGCUUCAAAGAUUAACAGCAAGAUGCUUAACUGGUCAUUAUCAGCAACUUUUAGGCAUUUGUUUUCUGCAACACUAUUUAUUCUGGACUCACCUUGUUCUCCUGUUAUAUAAAUGUCAUUUUACCUAAAGUCUGUUUACAUGGGAGGCUUCUGUCUGUGAUAAAUCACUGUUUUAUGAAUGCCAGCAAAGAUACCGAGGCAUUUUUUCCCUGUAGUUUCGAUUGUAGAGUGAAAUUUGUUUGCAAUCGUGGUAUUUCUGACAAUGCAAACAACUGCAAAUGUUUGAUUUGCAUCUCGUCUCCUCCGGCUAUCCGCCUUUCCCUUCAGGCACACAGUAACUCACAUGACACCAUCCUGUUUUUUAUCCUCUGCACAUCCUGGUUCACAGGUUUAAAUACUACAAGUUGCAGCAUCACAUUUAUAUAAUUUUUCCUUAUCUGAGUAAACAUUGGGAGUAAUAGAUUAUGCUGCAUGAGGCUACUAAUUUAUGUUUGGCUUACCUGAAGAUAUAGAAAUCUUCACAGCAGCUGUAGAUUGUGUGUACACUCACAACUUAGUUUGUUCUGCACCUCAUGUUUGACAAGGGAGGUCCUGUAAGGCAAGCUUCCCACAAUAUUUUGCAGCACUGGGAGAGAACAUCCAAAGUUGGGUAAGAAAAAUGUAUCUGAUUAUGUAAGCAACUAAAAACUAGAGAAGGAGACCUGUCAUUGGGAUGGAAAUGAAGAGACAGUUUGUUGUUGUUGUUCAUUUUACAUAGGCUUUUUUAAGGAAUUUGUUUCUGUAUGAAGUGUUGCAAAAUAGUAAAACAACUCUCUUUAAAACUUUCUAUCCAUGGCGGUGAUGUGUUUUAUGUAAUAUAUAAUAUAACAAAAAAAAGCAUACAUUUCUGCAUUUUAAAGGUGUGACAAGAGUGUGGCUGACAUUUUCUGGAUUUUUCAUGAACAGUUGAUAAAAAUUCUGUUAUUUUUGGAUCACAGAUUAUUGUUUCUUCCUAUAUUUGCCAGAAAGAGUGAGAAACUGCCCACUAUGCUCUAAUUCUAGCUUCUCAAAGGAGCAGAUUUUCUUUUCAUUGCCAUGUAUCCAUGCACAUAAACUGAAUAGACUUUGCACUAUUGGCCAAAUCAAACAAGGAUAUUUUGCUGCAGUUUGAAAAUUUGCCAUACCACUCCAGCUCGAUUCUCUCAGAAAGUGAAGUGAACUAUACAACAGCUGUCUGUCUUUGCAGUGAUGUCUCACUGGCUGAAUGAUGGAGAAGUGCUGGUGGCUGAGGGUAGUGGUGAGACAGUACCUGUGAGCCCCAGAACUCGGGGUUUACCCCCUGGGAGCCCCUUGCCAGGGCGGGGACGUAGUCCACUGUCUUCAUCCAGCACCAGAGAGGCAGCUCUAGGAAGCCCGCAGGCUGAGACCAUGGGCAAGGCCAAGGAGCUGUUUGUCCUGUGUGACAAAGAGGGGAAAGGGUUCAUCACAAAGCGAGAUAUGCAGGUGAGUAGAGAGUAUGGCAGAAAAACAAAACGAAAGCUAGCUGCAGAGUCUGAAAGUUUCCAUCCUGUUCUGGCCAGAGACUACAAGGAGAGCUGCCUCUGUCACCUGAACAGCUGGAGACAGUGUUUGAGAGUUUGGACAGACAGAGCAAUGGCUUUCUCACUCCGAUUGAGUUCAACACAGGGCUUGGUGAGUGAAGUCUUUGAGACCUUUUAUUCCCUGUGAUGUCUCUGAUUACAGCUACUGUUCAUUCAGAAAUACCGUCUUCUCUCACUCACACUAUGAUUCAGGUGAGUUGGUGGGGCUGGAAGACACAGCAGAGUUGGAUCAAGAAGAAGAAGAACUGGACACAGACCGGGUGGACUUGUCCCAGGACCCUGCUGCAGUUAGAUUUGCAAACAUACUGAUGGAGCUUGGUGCUGACAGACUUCUCAGAGAGUAAGAAUACAGUCUCUCCUUCACUGAGAAGUUCUAACCAACUGCAAGUCAAAUGCUUAUCUUUAAAAACAACAGAACAACUCAGUAUCCAUGUAGCAUACACAUGCAGCACAAAUUGCUCAGGUAAUAUGCUAUAUUUGGGGAUUUUUGCUUGUUGAUUUGAAAGAAAAUGGGGUGGUGGAGCAAGUUUAGUGAGUUUUGAAUUAUUGAAUACAGAAUAGGAAAAAAAACAGUGAAUACACACCACAUGAUGCAAUUAUUUCACAUGACAAAGCUUUCAAAGACAAAGUGGGAAAAAAUCCAAAGUCUACAUUCAGUAUUCUCUGCUACCAAAAUAGGACAAUCAACUAUGACUUUACUAUGCUAUUUUUGAGGACACAGAGCACAUCUUUAAGAUGUUAUGUAUAUUUCAAAGUCUGCAGCAGAUAUUUUUGAUCCAGCACCUCUCUUCAAUGAAAUGUUCCCAGUCUCUUCUAAAGUCAUUUGUUGUGCUGUGUGUUUUUUGUCAGUCAGCAGGACCUUUGCUCUCUGUGGUGUAACCUCCAGAGAGACAGACCAGAUCUGCUGAGUGUCCUGGAAAAUGUCCUGAUCCAUGCUGUGACCCAUUUGCAGGACUCCAUCAAGGAGAGGGACAGUCUUGAACAAGCUCUGCGCAGGUUUCUCACAUUAUUCUUCAACCAGAACACAUUACAUAAUGCGACAAACAGAUCAAAAAUUGAGUAUUAGGAUUGUAUUGACUUCGAUUUCUCUUCAUCUUAGGCGAGAGGCUGAACAUGAUAGGGUUGUUCGCUCAAUCUAUGAAGAAAUGGAAACUCAAAUCCGAGAGGAGAGAGAGAAGCGGCUGGCUCAGGUAUAGAUGUGUGUUAUUAAGCCCAACCCUUGUUUGAUUAACAAAAGUAAAUGUCAGAACAGUGUUUAAUAUGAUUUAUUGUGACAUCCAGGACAGUAUUAAACACAAACAGAGAGGUCAGCAACUUGAAGAGGAGCUGAAGAUGAAAGAGCAAGAGGUGGAGAAUAUUCUCAACAAACAAAAGGAGGUGGGGAUUUAAAUGACAUUUAUAUAAUCUCUUAAGAUUUUACUCAAAGAGUGAAUCAGCAUAAUCUGUCCUUCUCUUCAGCUUGAGACCAGAAUCCGGCAGCUUAGCUGUGAACAGGAAAACAUCAGGCAUCAGAAUCAGCAGCUUCGGAGCCGCAAUGUCCAGCUUCAGGAGCAGGUGGAGGGCAGCAGAGAGCAGCUGCAGAAAGCUCUCGGUCAGCUCAGUCUGCUGCAGCUGAAUGAGGCAGAGGAACAAGUAGCCAGACAGAGGUGAGAAACACAAGAAGUGUCUGAGUAUAAGAUUAGAAGUAUACACCAUGGAUACACUGUCUCCCUUUAAAGUCUGGUGACACUGUUAUUGUAAAUUUCCUCACAAAGCCAUUCACUCCAUCGUGAAAAAAGAAAAACACAUCCCAUCUAAUGAUUUGACAGAGUGAUGCUAGAAGAAGAACCAGUCGUCUCAAUACACUUGUUCUUUACCGUUCUGCUUUUCUUCACUGUAGAAGUGUGAUUAAGGUGUCAAAGAACAUGCAGAAAGAGAAGGACAGCCUCAUGAGACAACUGGAGCUGUUGAGGUCAGUCACAGCAGCUGCUGUCAACUCAUUUAAAAGGCAUGUUGAUGUUGUUAUAACAUGACUCAAAAACACCUUUGCGAUCGUUCCGUAUGUGUGUUUCAGGGAUAUGAACAAAAGGCUGCGUGAUGAGAAAGAUGCCCAGCACACUCAGAAGAGGGUUAGUCACAGACACACUGUCCUCCCUCCUGUUCCGUUAACUUAUUACCUCAGUGAAGACCUUUGCUCUCCAUGGAUGCAGCAGAUUUAUCCUACCUAAGCUAACUCCUGGAGUAACUUCAUGCUUUUUUCCAUCCUCUGGACAAUGAUUGUUUACAUGGGCAACUGUUACACUUUGGUGAUUGGUUGAGCUUGUGUUAAUGUCAGCAACACUGUGUGUGAUUUUUCAAUGUCAGCAAGUUUUUUUUUCACUCGUAGAAGGAAUGAAAAAAGACAUUUAGUCUGUCCUGUGCUCACCUGUGGAGAAAAUCUGAAAUAUUCUUUCUAAUUCUGUACACGUGAAUAUUUACGUAAAGAGCUACAGUGGGUCAGUUUUAACCAGACGAAUAAAAUCCUCUAAAAAUUCUCUAAGAGUGACGGUCUCUGGGAAUCUUUCUCUUUUAAAACAAAUAGUUACAUUUGUUGCCAAAACUUGUCAAAUUUUUUAAGGGCAUUUGAAUGACUGAAAAUAUCUCCCUCUGAAGUUUCUGAGUGAAGCAUCCGUUACAAUCCUGUAAUGAACCUUGUUUACUGUUACAAAAUGUUGACGUUUUGGUUAUGUUUUGUCAUGUUGUCCUGCCACAUGUAUCGUAAUCCAAUAAGUGCAAUGCUGAUUACUGAUUAUAAUGUCAACUGCAAUGAUGACAAUUGAAUAAAUGUCACUUUUACCUGCAAAUUUGGCUUUUUAAAUUGAUAUCCUGCAUGUUUCCAUGUGAAUCAACCAAUCAUUUCAGAGAGAAUUCAGUUGUAAUUUAACACCGCUCCUUGAUACAAUUUUUUUAAACAAAUCUUUUUCUCUAAUUUCUUCCAAAUAAAACUUUCAGAGCUCAAGCGUAAGAAAGCCUUUACAGAAGAAAGGCUCAAUAAUAGGUGACUACUUACUGCAAGAAAAGCCAUUGAAGAGGUUUGUAUGACCAACGUCCUCUGUCAUCAUCUUUGCAGCAGUGCAAGGUUUAACACCAGAGGAAGCAACUAAUUUUGUGUAUCCAUUAAUCUUAAAGACAGCUGAGCUCAUCCGAUGAGUUGGAGCAGGACAAAGACAAAGAGAUGACAAAUUCAUCAAAGAGACACCAGCCGUCAUGUAGAGUCAGGGAUGAAAAUGUUGAAGAGAUGCAAAUUCAGGUAGGGAACAAGCAAAUCUUACAAACACAUCUUAAAAAUCUCAUAUCUAUUUACUGUAAUAACCACGUAAGAGCCACCCCAACAUAUUUGUAAUCCUGAACAUUAUACGAUCAGGCUUUUAUAGGCCUCACGGCGAUGAUGGACAGCAGUUCUGAAAAAUGUGCAUGCUCUGCAAAGUAAAGAUAAAAACCCUGAAUCACAUUGUUACGUUUGGUUCCUAUACCUUGAUUUUAGAGUGAAAUUAUCAGUCCUCAGCGAAUGUUCAAACUGGUAUUCCUGGGGAACUCAGGGGUGGGUAAGACCUCAUUCAUUCAGCAGUACUGCUCAGGACACUUCCAGAGUGAGAUGAGGUCCACUGUUGGUAAGCUUUCCAUUUAUUACCAUGGAUUUAAGGAUAAAACUGCUCCUCUGUGCAAUUUAAAGACUGAAAACAUGGGUUACUCUUGUCUCUAGGUAUAGAUUUCCAAAUGAAGACUCUGACUUUGAGCUCUGCCACCAUCACUCUGCAGCUCUGGGACACAGCAGGACAAGAGAGGUCAGACAUGAUACAGCUUAUUCCAAAAAUAAAGAAGCCUCUGCUGUGGCAUAAUGUGCAAGAAAACACGACCCCUGUAACUUGUCAGUGUUGAAAAGGUCAUAAAGUGUCUAUAGACAGAAAUAAUUUCUUUCCUUAGCAUAUUAGGGCUGUUGUUUGUGAGUUUGACUCGUUAGAAUGAGAUUCAUUUGCACAGAGAGGAGGUUGUUUUGCACUUAAGGAAAGUAAAAUGGACAAUCGAUGUACAGUAGAUGUGCUGACAGCAUGGAGCACCAAGGCAGAACAGUUUUAGUUUGUAGUGUAUUUUAGCCAGUUUCCCUGAAAGCCAACACAGUCCUGUCGGGAAAGUGGGCCAUUAUUACACAGCGGAGUAUUUGCUCUGGUAUCACAUGUUGAAGCGAUUAAAUCUGAAUCCGGGUUUGGUGUGUUUGAAAUAAUAUUUGGUUUGCAGCUUAUUUUUUUCUUUAUUUUUUUCUCUCCCAGCAGCCUGAGAGCACCAACAUAUGUAGGUUUUCGUUUCUUUGUUUAGUUCACAGAUUAAAAAUACUGUUUUAAAAUGUUAGAAAUCACCAAUGAGGAUGUUUGGAUUAUUUAGGGUGGUUUAAGUUCAUAUUUAUUCGCUAAAUAAAUGUGUGUUCAGGUUUCGCAGCAUCACCGAGCAGUACUACAGAAAGGCUGACGGCGUUCUCGCCAUGUAUGACAUCACUCAGCCCGCCUCCUUUACCGCUGUCAGAGGAUGGAUAGAUUCUGUGAAGGUGAGCUCCUCAGGUGGUUGGAAAAAAAAUGCAAAACAGCUUGUCUCAAUUUGAAUACAAAUGCAGGUUACUUAACAGAGCGCCAGGACUGAGCAGAGAUGAAUCCUAUCUCUAGGAUAAAUCUCAACUCUAUCUUUUUUUUAGAUUUUUGUACUCAUCAUUUAUAUGUUUUGUUUGCUUAAAGGGGUGUGUAUUCUACUCUGUUUUGUGUCUGUCUCAGGAGAGGAUGUGUGAUGGUGCCACACUGAUGCUGCUUGCCAACAAGCUGGACCUGACAGAAACCAGAAAAGUGUCGACAGAGGAGGGGCAGAGUCUAGCAGAGGUAAAUACUCACCACAAAUUUGGAUAUUCAAACUAUUAUCUGCAGUGAUUUACUCAUAAUGUAUAUACCAAACAAAUAAAUAAACAACACUUCUUGAAUUAAACAGAAUAAAUCACAUAUUUUGUUCUUUUUGCUCCAUACAGCAUCAUCAAGCUCUGUUUUACGAGUGUAGUGCCAAAACUGGAUGUUACAUUGAAGAGUUGAUGACUUCUCUGGCUGGGUGGGUGAGAUGUGGCUUAGAUACUCAAUAUCUUGUCCACGGAUUGUCUUAGCACUAUUUAUUUUAUCUCAUCCUCUUCAAAUAGUUUCAGCAAAGCUGCAGGAUCAGUUAUGAAAACUUCAAACCUUUUCUGCUUCUCUUUUUUCUACUUUUUGCUGCAUAUUGACCUGUGAUCACGUCCUUGCUCUAGGAUAUUGAUUCUCAAGCAAGAUCAACAGUGUGAGGAUGGACUUUUACUGACGGAGGAAACUGUUCAAAAAAGCUGUUGCACAUAAACAAAAGAAGAAAAGAAGCUCCCAGGUGUCGGCACUAUGGGUUGUGGGUUAUGCGUCCUUGUUGAAACAGCUGGACAGAGUUCUGGGAAAUAUUAAACACAAUGGCUCAAGGUUUCUGCCAAAGUCCUGACUUGAAUCCUUCUGGUUCACAAAAAGUGGACAAGUUUACAAGGUUACUAGGCAGCUUCUGUGCUUUUCUGAUGUCAUUAUUUCUCUUUGUAUUGCAAUAAAAUAUAUUUUAGGACCUUU